AUGAGAAACUACACGGCCAUCCUCCAAAAGGAGCCGUUCGACGGACAGUACUCGAAGUCGUCGGUGAUUGUGACGCUGGCGCUGGGCCUGGCACUCUACAACUGCGUGGAACUGGCACUGUUGAUCCUCACGACGUUCAAGCGAUGGCGCGGCCUGUAUUUCUGGUCGCUGUCGCUGUGCAACUUCGGCGUGGCGUCGUACGCCUUCGGCAUGAUGACCGACUAUUGGAAACUGACCGUGCUGUGGGCGACCAAGAUCCUCGUCACCAUGGGUUGGAUGACGAUGAUUACGUGCCAGAGUCUUGUCUUGUAUUCGAGAUUGGGAUUGCUGGUGGAUAACGACAAGAUCCUCAAGUCGGUCAAGUGGAUGAUCAUCGUCAACAGCUGUGUCGUUUUCACGAUCGUCGAUGUCCUCGACUGGGGGAGCACGUACUCGAGCGACAUGAGUUAUUUGGUCGGGUAUUAUUACAUCGAACUCAUCCAGAUCACCAUCUUCACAUUGCAGGAGUUGAUCAUCUCGGGCCUGUAUGUGUGGAAAACCUACAGUCUGCUGCAGGUCGUCUCGAAGCAGAAUACCCGGAGCAUGGUGAGCCAGGUGUUGGCCAUCAACAUCAUCAUCAUCGCCAUGGACAUCGCCCUGCUGGUGAUGCAGUUCCACCACAUGCAGCUCUACCAGGAGAGCUUCAAGAUCCUGUUCUACAGCAUCAAGCUGAAACUCGAAAUGAACAUCCUCUCCAAACUCGUCGAUCUGGUGCACGGCUCCUCCGUCAAGAACCGCUCCAUGACCCUCGAAGCCAUCGACUCCAACGCCGUCCAGGGCCAGGCCCAACUCGACGUCCAGCGCGAAUUGAACGGCGGUCGCGGCUCCAUCAUCAAGUGGUACGGCAGCGAUUCGUCCAACAAUGGGGCUGCGCACGUCCAGAAGGAUUUCGGCAACGUCGAUCCGAGGUUCAGUCCUUCCAUGUCGGGGUCGUCGCCCGUCGAUGGCGACGAUGAUGGGGACGACACCAUUGCGAGAGUUCUUUCCCACCCCAACGACCUCAACAACAGCCUUCGCCAUCCCUCGAGUACAACCAAUGCUAGGACCAGUGGUCGAGAGGUCGAUAAUCUCUAUGCAGACUUUUGUCGCGUCUUGUCCAAGUGA